AUGGAUGUCAUCUUUGAACCCACAAAAGGCAAAUCGUUCUCCAUGGAAGUGGGUUUCUUCGACACCAUUGGAGAGAUCAAAGAGAAGAUAGAAAAGUAUGAGGGCAUCCCUGCUGCCAACCAAACCCUAAUCUUCAACCAUCAAGUCCUCGAAGACGAUCGCGACGUCGGCUUCUGUGAGAUCCUCGAGAACUCCCGCGUAAACCUCAUCGUAGAGCCCGCAGAAUCAGAAAAACCCGCGCAGAAGAACGUCCAUGAGCAAUCCCUACCCGGGAAAAUCCAACUCCACCUCAGGACAGGCAACUCCAAGGUCAGGAUAUCCCUGGACAUGGACAUGGACAUGGAUGCCAACAUCGGACGGUUGAAAGAGAAGAUCAGCCAGAGUGAAGGCGUGUCGUUCAACCGGCUGGUGGUUCAUGCAGGGGGUGCAGAGUUACAGGACCACCAAACCCUAUGGGACUGCAAGCUUGGGGAUGGUUCGGAGAUCGAGGUGGGGGUCCGGGCGCCGACUAGGCCAGGGCCGGCGGUGAACGGGUCGAAGAAGCUGAGGGUGGUGGUGGUGACGCGGUGCGGGACGAGGCGGAUUCCGGUGGAGGUGAAUCCAUGGCAGAAUGUGGGGGUGAUAAGGAAGAUGCUGGAGAGGCAGCAGGAGCCAUUGCAGUUUAAGCUUCCUGAAGAAGGGUAUUUCUUUAUACACAAGCAGAGUGUGAUGGAUGAUGAUCAGUCCUUCAGGUGGCACCAAGUUGAGCAAGGUGAUAUCAUUGAGAUCUUCAAUGGAAGGGUCACUACUGGCCCUGGAUUCUAA